AUGGAAUUCACUAAACUUUUGUUCCAUAUCAUUGUUUCCUUCUUUCUCUUUUCACUUGUUUACAAAACUACAGAUGCUACUAAAAUUAAUAAUUGUAAAGUAGGUCUCGAUCAUAAUGUUCUAGCUGGUCCGAAUCCAAUCAAUAACAAAAUACCACCAUUGCGAAGUCCACGUGAACCUCCUCCUACAAAAUAUUCCUUUUUAGAAAAUGUAAGUCUCGAUCAUAAUGUUCCAGCUGGUCCGAAUCCAAUCAAUAAUAAAACACCACCAUUGCGAAGUCCACGUGGACCUCCUCCUACAAAAUAUUCUUUUUCAAAAAAUGUAGGUCUCGAUCAUAAUGUUCCAGCUGGUCCGAAUCCAAUCAAUAACAAAACACCACCAUUGCGAAGUCCACGUGGACCUCCUCCUACAAAAUAUUCUUUUUUAGAAAAUGUAGGUCUCAAUCAUAAUGUUCCAUCUCGUCCGAAUCCAAUCAAUAACAAAACACCACCAUUGCGAAGUCCACGUGGACCUCCUCCUACAAAAUAUUCUUUUUCAGAAAAUAUAGGUCUCGAUCAUAAUGUUCCAGCUGGUCCGAAUCCAAUCAAUAACAAAACACCACCAUUGCGAAGUCCACGUGGACCUCCUCCUACAAAAUAUUCUUUUUCAGAAAAUGUAGGUCUCGAUCAUAAUGUUCCAGCUGGUCCGAAUCCAAUCAAUAACAAAACACCACCAUUGCGAAGUCCACAUGGACCUCCUCCAACAAAAUAA